UGACAGGCAUAAUAGUCACUGGAAUAUUGACGAAGGAAGGAACGAUGGGUGUGUGAGGGUUCCCAAGGGCCAAGGGGAAUUUUGACACAAAAUUGGUUUAUUCCAAAUUGCUGAUAUAAAAGACAGAGGGGAAAAUAUUAACAGUCAUCAACCACUGAAAUGAGGAUGGCCAGUGUGCAGUUCCGGGCUCGUCGGGCUGCGGAGCCGGCAAAACCAGAACAUGAACAUGAAAAAGUGCCAGAACAAGCAGAGGAGCCAGCUACCCACGUCCCUCCAGCACACCACCCCGGCCACCACAACUAUGACCACAUGAAGAACAAGUUCAUGAAUGAGAUUGGCCAUCUGCCACUCCCUAUGUGGGCAGUUGGGGCCAUCGUCAUAGUGGUGCUGGUUUUGGUAGGAUGCUGCACGUUCUGCCUCUUCAAAAAAUGCUUUGGGAAAAAGAAAAAAACUAAGAAAGUGAGGGAGAGGAAGGCUGGCCGUCGGAGGAAGGCAGACAACGAAGGGGGAGGAGAGGGUGGGGAUAAGGAAGAGGGGGAUAAGAAAGAAGGGGAAGGAGAGGAGAAGGAACAGGAGAAGCUGGGAAAACUGGAGUUCUCCUUGGACUACAACUUCACAGAUGCCCAGCUUAUAGUGGGUAUCCUCCAGGCUCAGGAUCUGGCUGCCAUGGAUAUGGGGGGUACCUCGGACCCCUAUGUAAAAGUCUACCUGCUCCCAGACAAAAAGAAGAAGCAUGAAACUAAGGUCCAGCGCAAGAACCUGUGCCCGGUUUUCAACGAGACCUUCAUCUUCAAGAUCCCGUACACAGAGUUGGGAGGGAAGAUCCUGGUGUUGCAGGUCUUCGACUUUGACCGUUUCUCCAAGCAUGAUGUGAUUGGGGAGAUAAAGAUCCCCAUGAACAGUGUGGAUCUGGGACAACCAAUGCAAUGUUGGAGGGACCUGGAGAACAGUGAAAAAGAAGAGGCAGAGAAACUGGGUGAUGUCUGCAUCUCCUUGCGCUACGUACCUACUGCUGGCAAACUCACUAUCAACAUCAUGGAGGCCAAGAACCUAAAGAAGAUGGAUGUUGGUGGCUUAUCAGAUCCAUUUGUGAAGAUUGUUCUGCAGCACAAUGGGAAACGAAUCAAGAAGAAGAAGACAACUGUCAAGAAGAACACACUCAAUCCGUACUUCAAUGAGAGCUUCAGCUUUGAGAUUCCCUUCGAGCAGAUUCAGAAAGUGCAGGUCGUCAUAACAGUGUAUGACUAUGACAAGCUUGGGAGCAACGAUGCAAUUGGCAAGACCUUCAUGGGUUACGGUGCCACAGGAGUUGGUCUCAAACAUUGGUCAGAAAUGUUGGCCAAUCCGAGACGUCCAGUUGCCCAAUGGCAUGUCCUCUGCCCAGAGGAGGAGGUGGAUGCAGCUCUGAAGGUCCCACCUCGUUAAUGAUCCCUCAACAUCCUUGGAUCAUUAAUGUUGUCCACAAGGAAAGCAAACGUUUUGAUAUGUCUUUCAGUGUUAUUAAGACCUCUUUGUAUGUUUGCCUCUGUCUGAUUUUCUGUCAUCUCUUUUUGUCAUUAUUUUUUGUUAAGUGUGUGUGUGCACACAUCGCAGCAUUACCGUUCAUGUGUUUGUGUAAAAUUACCUGCAUUUGUCUCAAUGUUCAGGAAUGAUUAUAGCCCAAAUUGUGUUCUUUAGUUGUUUUAUAAAACGUCACACUGUUGGUUUCUAAAUGUAGGCCUAGAUGUAAAAAAAUAUAUAUAUAUCUGUAAAAUAUGCACCCUUGUUAUAUGGCCUUAUAGGCUACAGACAAUCAGAUGAAGGAAUUAAAUUGGUUUUUGACUCAUUGACAAGCUUGCAUUCCACACAAAUAGACACUUUCUGAUUUUGUGAACUGUCAUGUAGGCCUACGUUAAAAACAUAAUUAGUGGCAGUGGUUAUAGUUAGAAUUAAGUUUGCAUUAUGUUUUGCUUGUUGGUUGUAAGAUACUUCAACUAUACUGAACAAAAAUAUAAACGCAAAUGUAAAAUGUUGGUCCCAUGUUUCAUGAGCUGAAAUAAAAUAUA